AUGCCACGUCUCAAGAUUCUCAGAAUCACAUUAGCAAUAACUACAGCUAUCUAUACUGGCCAAGAAGAUCUCCUGUUCCUCGAAUCCAUAGUCCCCUCCUCAUCCCAGGAUGAUGGCCGUAACGCAGCAACCCUUCCCAUCAACAUACAAUGCUCCCCUGACCAUACCAUCCAGGACCUUUGUGACCAUCAACAGGCGGCGCUUGGUGUCGAACUUCAUACUGUGAUGCCGGGCCAGGAUGCAGUUUCUGUCAUUCAACUGUCUAUGCACUUGGUCAUUUACCCCCAGUCUCCGAAGAAGGUAGAUGGUUAUAGUACAUCCCACGAUACUUACCCACUCCGAGACAACAUGGAUGUGACAAUCGAAGUCUUUCCAUCUACCACAGGAAAAGUGACUGCUCGCAGUCAAUUUCGCUCAUCUGGCUUCCAGCCUUCCUUCGACGUUGAUGUUUUCACUGAUCAUUUCAUCCACUCCAUUGAACUUCUCGGUCAUAGUCCCAGUCGCAACAUUUUGCAAACUGCUUGCAGAGAGCGACAAGCAACUGCUCUUGAGAUUUGGGCAUGCACUCAUAUUACCUUCUAUAGUAUACAUUCCUUUUAG